AAACCCCUCCCUCCCUCUCUCUUUCCCUCACGCGGAGAUGAGGAGAGAAGUUUGCCUGCGGCGCAGUCCACUGAACAUUUACUGUAUUUCAUUUCGGGAACAGAAACAAGAGCCUGCGGAGAAGCUUUCCAGGGAAUGCUGAGGAAUAUCCGCCUGCACAGAAAAACACCACUCACGGCUGACUUUUUCCUCUUUUUGAAAACAAACCACAGCCAGUCAUCAUUGAUGUCGCCAAACUAGUGGGGAAGCUCGGGUCAGUAGGACAGCGGCCGCACGCGGACUGUUGUCUGUCGCGAGAGGGCUUUUUAAAAACUGGGGUCCUGGAGAAGAAGGACGGAGCACCACAGAAGCGAAAGACGCGAGAAGAAGGAGAAGAAGAAGAUAGUCCACGUGAAGGGGAAAAAAGAGCCCGACUCAGAAUGAAUAACAACAAAAUCGAGAAAGAAAACGAGCAGAGUGAAUUCACCAACCACGAAGAGGAGGUCCGAACACUAUUUGUCAGUGGGCUUCCACUGGAUAUUAAGCCGCGGGAGCUCUAUCUCCUGUUCAGACCAUUUAAGGGCUAUGAAGGCUCUUUGAUAAAACUCACCUCUAAACAGCCGGUGGGGUUUGUCAGCUUUGACAGUCGAUCAGAGGCGGAGGCUGCUAAGAAUGCCUUGAACGGGGUCCGGUUUGAUCCAGAGAUCCCCCAGACCCUGCGGCUGGAGUUCGCCAAGGCCAACACCAAGAUGGCCAAAAACAAGCUGGUUGGCACCCCCAACCCCCCUCCCUCCCAGCAGAGCCCCGGGCCACAGUUUAUUGGCAGAGACCCAUAUUCGCUGGCUCCCACCUGCAGAUGGAACUCCUCAGGGAUGGAAGUCCAGGCAGUUCUGCUGAAGUAUGUGUUCCUGAUGUGUGAUGGUGGCCGUGGCCGGCUGUGACGGGCGUUUGCUGAUUGCCUCUCAUGUCCAAUUAGAAACCAGGACGACGGAGCUGACUCUGGCUCUCAGAGCAGCAUACCGUUGGCAGCAGCAGCCUCAUGGGCCUCAGGACAAACCAGACCCCAGCCUCCAUCACACAUCGAGCACCCCCACCCUUCCCAAAAAAACCCUCCAACUCUUUUUUUAUACUGUUACAUACUCGAGAUCUACCGGCAGCGCUUUGGCCCCGCCCUCUUUGACCCCUUAAAGGUACCACAAUGAAGGCGCAUUGCCUUGCUAACACAUAGCAGGCCUCUCGCUGUGUAUGCAAGCAUUAUGACAAUUUAUGCAGGAGCUUUGCAAGGCCAGACGUCUGGAGGUGUCGCCAAAGCGCUGUCGGGUAAUGUUAUUAUAUAACUAUAAUUAUUACUAUUCUGUAUAUCAUUCAUAUUAAUGUUAUUAUGAUUAUUAAAUACAUGUUGAAGCAUGACUUUGCAAAAAAAGAUGAAAAAAACAAUGCUGUACAUUUUUAGAUAUUUUAAAGAAAUACAAAAAAGUAUUUUUGUAAUCAAGACGAUGUUUGAUGAUUGGUUCAUGUUGUGUGAGAAACUUUCGUACUUUUUUUUGUGCCAUUGUAGAACGGAAAGUCGCCCUGCUAUACCAAAGCAGCCCUGUUGGUUUGCUCCUGUCUUUUCUACAUACUGUGCGUCUUCGUGUGGUGUCUUUACCUGCAUAAGCAUAUAUUUUAGUCCUUUUUGGAUGUGCGAAUCGUCAUUUAAUCCUGCUCUUAAUUUUGCAGUUUGCAGGUAACGCGAUGAGUUAAAAAAUAGAGAGAGGCACUGACAGGAAUAAGCCAUUGCCGCUGAAGGUAGAGUGACCGCAGAGACUGCAGAACACAGCAAACUGAGCCCUGCUAUAAUAAGGAAUCUGCUUCUUCAUUGUUCAGCAGGAGGACAGCAGCACAGUAUAGAGAAACAAAAGACCAAAGGCAUUUUUUUUACACUGGAGAGCUAUCUAGGCUAGUGGAAUUAUUCCAUUUUUGACUGCUUUGUACGCUUCAAUCUGAUUUCUUAUGAAGUAUGACAUUAUUUUUUUGCCACACGUCUCUUUUGGUGUCACUCCAAAGAGCCACUCUGCAUCUAAAAGGAGAGUCACUUAAAGCAAUUUGUCUCUUUUGUCUAUUUUUAGGGAGCCAACCUUUGCUUUUUUUGUAAAAUUUUAAAUUUGCAUAACAAUGAUUGGAGCGUAAAAAAAAAAAAUCUUUGUAAUCUCACAUCCUCUGGGCCUGCAAUAACGUCUUUGCUGUUUGACAUAUUAUCGAGUGAUCAUAUUUCGAUGACAUUUUGAUGCCAAAAUUCCUCAUUCAUGUCUCAUUCUCACAAAAACAAACGGUGAGUGUUGUACUUUACUGAUGAGGCUAAGUCACAUUUCACAGUGAUGUGACAAUCAAACUGAAACACUGCUAGAAAAACAAUCCUUCCUGUAAUCUUUAGUCUGGGUGUGUACAAUCUUAUAGUCAGUGUUUGUAAUGAUUACUAAUAAUAUGCACAUUAUAUCAACUGAUUUUCUGCUUUUACAGACAUUUUUAAAGCCAAGUGUGGCACCAAAUUUAUUAGAACAAGUAUUUAUAAGGUGUGCGUGUGCGUGUGUUUUUAUGGGUAUUAUGUUUUUAAAGUUAAUAGAAGAUGCCCAUUAUAUAAUUCAUUGUAAGUAUUAUUGUAAGUUUAAUUGUAUAUUCAUUUGGUAAUUUUCUAGAGCUCCUUUAUGUGUUUGUAUCUGAUAUAUGAAACUGUUUUACCUACAUAAUUCACUGUGAAAUCCAGAGAAAAAACAUGCUCUUUGAACGAAUGGAUCCUUACGUGUGUCGACAGCAGUACGGUACAGAAAUUUCUGGAAAUUAAUAUCAUGAUCCCCUCCUUUGGUCGAUGAGAAAUGUUCCUUUCCUGUUUCAGUAUAUCAUGUGCGUACCUGUGUGUUCUGUGCAUGUUCACGGCAUGUGUGUGUUCUUUUCUUUUUUCUUAAUGCAUACAGUACUGUUGAUAUUUAUGUAAUUCAGCCGCUGUGAGGAGAAACUGUAUUUCAGUGAAUUGCAGAGGUUUGGAACCAAAAACAAACAAAAAAAAAGGUGAUCAAAAUGAGAAGUUUUUAUGAAAAUGUUAAAUGAAGACAUUUCAGGCCAUCUGCCAUUAAAGAUUGACAUCA